CAUCAACCUGUUCAUGUCCAGCUUUGUGUCGAUCAGUCCGCUGCUCUCCGUCUUUGUCCUUAAGGCAACUGCGCGCUCUGCCUUGAAUGUAACGUUAGCUAGUUUUUAUUUCUAGUCGAGUAUUUUGAGCCAUCUAUUUAAAGACUGUUAAACGAUCAGAAGAAUUCAAAGAUGGUGUUAGUACACGUUGGAUACCUGGUUCUACCCGUUUUCGGCUCAGUAAGAAAUAGAGGAUCUCAGUUUAACAGGCAUCAGCAUAGCCAUGCUACCUCUUGCCGGCAUUUCCAAGUAGGGCCCCAGGCCCAGAUCCCUGUUGACUUCCCAAUGCCCCAUCCAGGACAAUCUCAGGCGGGCAUGAACCCGCACCUUGGCCCAACGCACCAGCCAGCUGCCCCGUUGCAUCCUCCCCUCGGCCACAUACCAGCACCACAGUUCCAGGACAUCCAAGGCCCCCCCUUCCUACCUCAGGCUUUACACCAGCAAUACCUCAUCCAGCAGCAGAUCCUGGAGGCACAGCACAGGAGGUUCCUUCCACAGCCCAGACAUGCCCAAGAGAGAACAGCACACCAUCCCCAGACGAUCCGUGCCCCCUAUGAAUACACCCCCUCCAUACAUGUUCCUCCCCCUCCACCUGUGCCACAGCAGCCACGCUAUCUUGCAGAAGGAACAGACUGGGACUUGAGUGUGGACCCUGGUCUACCUCAUUCACACUACCACGUCCCUCAGCUCCCACAGCACUAUCAGCACUACCUGGCCUCUCCGCGGCUGCACCACUUUCCCAGAAAUGCAUCCUCAGCACAAGUGGUUGUGCAUGAGAUCAGAAACUACCCCUAUCCACAGUUACAUCUACUGACCCUGCAGAGCCUCAAUCCCUCCCGCCAUGCCACCGCUGUGAGGGAAAGCUAUGAGGAACUCUUACAGCUGGAAGACAGGCUUGGCAACGUGAAUCGAGGGGCUAUGCAGACCACCAUUGAGAGGUUUACAUUUCCUCAUAAAUACAAAAAGAGAAGACCACUGGAGCUGAAAAUAGGGAUGGAUGAAGAUGAGCUGGACACAGAUGAAAAGUGUACAAUUUGCCUGUCCAUGCUUGAGGAUGGAGAGGAUGUGAGGAGAUUACCCUGCAUGCACCUCUUCCAUCAGGUGUGUGUUGACCAGUGGCUUGCAACCAAUAAGAAGUGUCCAAUUUGCAGGGUGGACAUUGAGACCCAGCUGACGCCAGACAGCUGAUGUCUUCUGUAGCGUUGGUGAAAGGUCUGCCAUUUUUCCCUGUCCCUUUUUUGGGUACUUUGCCAAAUGUCUGUCUCUCCAUCACCUCUCACCUUUGACCUUGCCUUCUGAGCCAAUUCGAAACGCAAAUCUUUAAUCCACGUAGGAUUAAAGGUGAAUAGCAAAGUGAGCAAAAUGGAAAGGAGUCUGAGGAUUCAUGGAGAAGAAUGUUCAGAUCUGUGCGAGUGUCCAGGGCAGGUUUCAAUGUGACUUUUUGCAGAGUCUGUCAUUAAGAUGGUUCCUAUCAAAGUCCCCUGCAUGGACAUUUAGUCUGUUUAGGACAGUAAGUGCAUCCCCUGGAUGAUCUCAACUGCAGAUAACCUAAAGCUUUUCCUCUGUCACAAUGUUUCAUAAUGCAUUAUAACAAAACUUUAUGAAGCUUUCAAAUUUCCAAAUGUUAGUAGUAGUCAGUCAUGUAUUUCAGAUGUUCUGCAUUCUUCUAUAGUGCAGGUAAUCAACUCAAAAAAAUAUUCAAAACAAUUAUGUACUAUGUGGGAACAAUAUGUGAAUGGAGAUAGUAAAUUAGUAUGAAAUGUAUGAGUAGUUAAAAAAGUUAAAUGGAUUUAAAACAAAAUCCUAAUAAGGAAUGUGUAAGGAAAACAUUAUUCUCACAAAUCAAGUAAUCCAACGGUAUGAAAUGACACUAACAAUUAUUAACUGUAAUUAUCAGAAGUGAUAUAUAAUAUACUUUCUGUAACCAUGGUGACAGCAAGACCAGGCUUGAUUUAAGCUGUGACAGUAUGUAUUUGUGCUUGUGAAAUCUCCAUGCUUAGAAAAGUAUCCUCAAAAUGCAUGUUCUGUGAGAGGCUGAGGCUUAUUUUCAGGAACAUAAUGGAAAGACGGGCAGUUUGUGCAUGACAGAUAUCUUACUAAUUCUGAAGACACUGUGUUCUUAACAUGUCACUGAAGAAACCAGGAGUGAGAUGUAUACCUUAAUGCCUGUAGGACAAGCACACAUUCUAAUAACAGCCUACUUCUCAGUGUUUCCAUUAGCAAUGUAAAGUUUGUGGUAUCGCUUGAAAGUACAGCAUAUGUAGAGUAUGAAGCUAACUAAGAAAGCAGUCAUAUUGUGCAUGAAAACUGUUGCUGCCAUUUCUGGGGGAGAUGAAAAGGGAGAAAAGCCAUUGUUUUAUAGAUACCAAACAUAACUUUUCUAAACUGUAUUUUGAGUUAAUUUCAUUCUUUCCAUUCUGUUCAUGUCGUCCCCCCCCCCUCCUAAUAUUGAUGAAUAUGCCAACCUAGUCGUGGGGCUGUUUCAGCUUCUCACCAUUUUAAAUAAGUAGCUGCAAUGCUGGAAUAAUAUUUAUUGUUGUCUUAAUGUAGCUAGCUGUUAUUUUUGUAAAUGCACUAUAUUAUGAGGUUGCCUGACUUUGAUGUGAUUGUGAAUGUUUCUCUUGUCCCUGCUUAUGCAUUUGCACUCAGUGACCUGUCUCUUUGAACGUGUACACUGCGGUUGCUCCUGACAGUAUACUCCAUCCAAAAAAUAGUAGCGUGGCCUAACAUUAGUCAUUAGCUCCACUUGUAUUACUUAAAUUAUUUGAACCCUCGCUUAAAUGUAUGUGACUUCAUGGCUUAGUAGCAAUUUCUGACACUAAUUAAUUGCAAUGCAGUAAUGCAUUGAUUAAUGCAACUUGCUUGUUUUUUGCCUUUCCCCAAGAUUAGAGUCAAUUUAAAGCAUUGUGGUAAAUUGUACUUGACAAACAAAGAACUGGAGAAGUUUCAAUUUCCGUUACAUCUUAAAUUGGCUUUAUUAUUAUCAUGAUUGUCUCAGUGAGAGUUUAGUGUAACUAACCCUUACUGGCCUUUCUGUGUGUGAGCAGUGUUAAUGUCUGUUGAGAUUCCUUUUGUAACUUCAAUGAAAAUUUUCCUUCCGAAGGUACAGAGCAGUCUUUUCUCACUUCCUGUGUGCAGCAUUCAAUAGUUUACACAGGAUUUUGUGCAGUAAAAAUGCCUUAAGUAUUUAACAAUCAUAAUUUAUGACUAACUUUAGCUACUAUGGGUGCAUAUUUAAGUUUUGAUUUAGUUUAGCGAUUGAAUCGGUUUUAUUUAUUUACAUAGGCAUAACGUGUAUAAAUACCUCAUUGUGCAUACUUUAAUGGGAGUGCUUUGCAUGCAUUUGUUAUUUAAAGGAGAAAAAGAGAAACAAAACAAGAAAAAAAUUUCUCAAGGGUCUGCUGAAUCGUGUCAGUGUGUGGUGCUGUGGAUUUGGUUACAUUCCAUUAAUGCGAUUUCAAAGAAUACUUUAGCUGUGAACUAGUAGACAAACUGCUAUAGACUGGAAAUGUUUUGCAUGUAUCUCCUAUUUUGCACUCUCAGCUUUGCUACCCUCUCACUGGCAUUUGGAAAAUGUGCACCAUACUCUUUUUAUUUGAAUUUUUCUAACUUGGUUAGUAUCUAACAUUUUUUUUUUUUUUUUUUUAAAGUAUUACAACACAGCUUAGUGCAGCGUGAGAUGUACUGUGAUUAGCCACUUGUCCAAAAUGCUUUACAUUAGCUGGAUUUCUAUUACAUAGAGACCGGUCAUUUUUAACCUUCUGUUUGCAUAUGUUUUCCCUACUUCUUAAUCUUUUUUUAAUACUUAGUAACAGGGUCUGAAGCUAAAUGUCUGUCUGAGGAUAUAUCUAUCACUAAAUGUAAUGUGGCCAUUAUUUAUUCUUUUGAUAUGUUUUGAUGAAGAAAUGGACAAAACAGCAAAUGUAAAAAAAUAAUAAUAAUAAUCCUAUAAAAUAUAUUUAGCUCUCAGCUAGACCAUGCACUGAUAUUUUUAGAGGUGCAACUUUGAAACAAUAUGGCAUGGUACAUAAUUUAGAAUAGAUUCAGCCAAAAAGGGCAUAAAUUCCUCCUACUUGAUCAUGAUUGUGUCAAACAGGAUUUUGACAUGCCCCAGCGGAAAAUAAUUUUCUUGGUUGAAUUGAUAAACACAUUGGAAUUCCCUAUUUAUUUGCAGACGCCUGAUAUGAUUGACAAAUGAUAUAAGACAUGCCUUGUCAUAUGAUUUGUCCCACCAGCCUUAAGGUCUUUUUCCUUGCUCCACCACACUAGAAAAAUUUUGGACAUACAGCAAUAGUAUUAUGUUUCGCAAACAGAAUGAACAGUAGAUCCUAAAGCACAAGCUCUAUAAUGCAUGUCUUUCUCAGGUUUUAAUAUACGUAUGAGAAUGGAUAGAUAUGUUAAAAUAUUUUACCAUAAAUCUUUCUGAUGUUUUUUCUGCUGCUGAUGUUAAAAAAUAUUGAAUAACCUGCCAGUGAAAGGGAAGUGGCUAUCUUUGUAUAAGACACUGCUGUUGCUGUUACUGCGCAAUGUUUUCUGACAUUAAUAUUUUAUAGUCGAGUAGAAAAAAAUAUGUAUUGACAAUAUUUAAGCAAUAGCUCGAUGAUCAUCAUGUACGAUAAUUAGAUUAAGUGUAUAUUGCGUUAAAAAAAAAAAGGAAAAAAAAUUAGAUUCACUUUUGGUGGAUUUUGUACUGUAUUUAUUACUAAUGAUGCAAAAAGUUGCAUAGCUUAACCCAAACUGUUCUUUCUUUUUUAAUUUCUUGUCUUGUAUAUGACCUUUUUGUAUGUGUUUUUCAAAUAAAAUUUUAAAAAUGCUU